UCUGGUCUCAGUCACCUCCGAUUCGUCAUAAACGGACGAGAGCAGAAACAGAACCCACAAUUAUGCUGGACACCUGUGCCAUUCAUUCGGAAAUAAAUUAAGAAAUGAAAAUGUACGUUUCACCUGGAACUUAAAAACAUUCAACAAAUACUGUAACUCUACAUUUUGUAAAGUAAUUUUCAUUUUUUGUCCGUUUUUCAAUUUUUCCUGGAUACAUAGCCUAAUAAUACAGCUGUUUAUUCAUUUUUCAAUCUUCCAACUAUUUACCGUUUUGGAAUUAUUGUGGCAUGGCUAAUGUAUCCUUCAUGGAUCUGGGGGUUUUACUAUUAUUUGGACUAAUGGUUACAUUUGCAAAAGGUUCUUCGGCUGUCAGCAAAGAAGCAAGCCAAGUGAGUGGACUUGAGGCGACUCAAACAGAUAAACUCUCCUCCACACGUUCCAGCACGCAGCCAGGCAGCUCACCUGCACCCCCCAUCGGCAAGAACUCUGACUGCCGGCUGGGCGAGUCCUCAAAACCGCGGAGGAGGUCCAAGCGCUGUACAUGCUACACCUAUAAAGACAAGGAAUGUGUGUAUUACUGUCAUCUGGACAUAAUCUGGAUCAACACGCCAGAACGCACAGUCCCCUAUGGCAUGUCCAGCUACAGAGGGUCUCAGCGUUUCCGGCGUUCUGCUGAGAGCCGGGCGUCUGGGCCCGGGGCUGGGUCUCAGCGCUGUGCCUGUGCAGUCCAGACUGACCUGGAGUGCAGCAGCUUCUGCAUGGCAAGGCAGAGCUCUCCAUGACCAGAUGGGACAGAACGAAAAGGGGGUAUAGACACCACCCACCCACCCCCCACCGCCAGGAAACA